CUGUCAUUCUGAUUUCUGUGUGAUUCUGUGGUUCUGCUGUGGUAUUCACUUUUCUCGUGAUUUUAAAUUUUUAAUAAUUCAUAAUUAAAUAUUAUAAUAAAUAUUGAAGAGGUCCUUGUAAUUGUUCUGUAUUAGAUUUCUAUAACUAGUUGCUAAGCAAAAUGGAUGACCAGGCGUGCCCACGCUGUAAAACUACGAAAUACAGAAAUCCAUCACUAAAGUUGAUGGUAAACAUUUGUGGCCAUGCUUUGUGCGAAAGUUGCGUGGAUUUGUUAUUUUUAAAAGGUUCCGGUUCAUGUCCAGAAUGCAAUGUCCCAUUACGCCGAAGCAAUUUUAGAGUUCAGCUCUUUGAAGACUCUAUGGUUGAAAAAGAAAUAGACAUAAGAAAAAGGGUACUAAAAGAUUUUAACAAGAAAGAAGAAGAUUUUGCAACAUUAAGGGAGUAUAACGAUUACUUAGAGGAAAUUGAAACUAUUAUAUUUAAUUUAGUUAACAACAUAGAUAUUGUAGGAACAAAUAAAAGGAUAGAACAGUACAAGAAAGAUAACAAAGAAGUUAUUAUGAAGAAUAAAGCAAAAAUAGGUAGAGAAGAGUUUGAAUUGGAAGAAAUAUUGGAAAUAGAGAAACAGAUGGAGGAGUUGCGGAGAGCGGAAAUUCUGAAAAUGGAAGAGGAAGCCAAGAAACAGAAGAUCAGAGAAAAAGAGGCGCUCAUAGAUGAGCUCAUGUUUGCAGAGGGAGAUGCAAAGGAUAUACUGAACACAUUUGCACAGACUGUUGCUAAUAAACAAGAAGAUAUAGUUCCAGUUUUGCCUAAAGUAACACAAUUCUCUACUGGCGUGAAGUUCACUCGAGGCUCCGGGCAACAGCCAGUGCCGGUCAUUGAAGAGGGUCCGCUGUACAGAUACGAGCCUCCCGAGUCACCUGACAGAUGUGGACCGGACCCUCCCUCUAUUGAGGAGAUUUGUAACAAUGGCUAUCUGCAACAUGUUAGAGCAGAGAAUGAGACGGAGAAGGCGGCGGGCUACUCGUCGACGCUGCCGUGUCUGCGCGCGCUGCAGGACGCUCUGUCAGGCCUCUACCACGCCAGCUGACACGGCCCGCUGCAGGUCGUCGACACCAUUGUGCUGGACUAGCGCGUACUGUGUGCCCAUACUACAGCCUCUCUUGAUGAGUACUGAUUACCAACAAAUAAAAUUAAAAAUGAGGGUAGAAAUCACUAGUCAUUUCAUACGAAAUAAUUAUUAUAAUUAACUUGUUCUUAAAUAGGCUACUCGCCUGCUUUACAAAACUAAGAUUUUUUACAUAGAGGCAGUUUAGAUGCCUAGAAACUCUAAUCACAUUUUUAUUUGUGCAAAUAAUCUCGUAAAACAAAAUUGUAUUUUUAUCACGUCACCGCAAACGCCAAUCAUAAACUGUGACGUCAUUCUUUAAAAGGCAUCGGUUUGUGAUUGGCGCUUGUGGUGACGUGACAUAAUUACAUCACUGCAAACGCCAAUCACGCUGUUAUCUCUAUGAAUGACGUCACUUGCUAAUGUGUUGUGUUUCGGCAGCAAAAAUUUUACGUAGAUAUUUUUUCAUUUAUAUUGAAUUUUUUACUAAUUAUUACUGACGGGACAAAAUAAAAUAUAGCUUAUAAUACUUCCAUAAUUCAGUUUAAACACUGUUUACAGAAGAGGCAAGUAGCCUAUUAAUGAAAAUACAUUUGACUAAUAAGUUUAGAACAAUUAGAUAUGGUUAAUAUAUUUUAUAUAACAUUUUAUAUACAAACCAUACAUAAUUUAAAAUAAAUAAGUUAUGAAAAGACAUGCGUUUUCAACCUCCAUUUCUAAUUUCUUUGUUGGUAAACUGUACUCAUCAAGAUAGGCUGUAAUAUAAGAUGGCGCUGUUUCAAGUCCUUAGAAAUUCGCGUUUACGUUAACGUGAUCGUCACAGUAUCAAUCUGCCACUCUGCCUCUGUACACAGCUCACCAGGUGGCCGAGCAUGCGACAUUACUCGUGAAGAGAAAUAGACAAAAUGACGACCAAUGGCGAUGGUUUAUUCCCAGUCCUCUCUUUCGUCGCAACGCAGUGAAGGAGAUAGCGAUGUUUUCGGUUUAUAUUUGUCUAUUUAUCUUCACGAGAAACUUCGUUUGGUCGCAUGUUAGAGCCAGUGGUGUUAACAUGUGACCCUGUGAAGAGAAAUAGGCAAACUAUCCAAUGGCGGCGGAGUAGUCCCAGUCCCAUCUUUUUCGUUGCAACGCAAUGAAGGAGAUAGCGAUAUUUUCAGUUGAUAUUUGUCUAUUUCUCCUCACGAGAAAUUCGUUUGGUCGCAUGUUAGAACCGCAGUGGUUUUACUACACUACUCCACCGCCAUUGGAUAGGCAAACUAUCCACUGGCGAUGGAGUAGUCCCAGUCCUAUAUCUUUCAUCGCAACUAAUUGGUCUUUCUAUUACUAAAGCUACCUUUAGCGUUCUAUAGCCCUGCCUCAUAAUGAUUUGUCUUAAGUGAGCGCAAAGUAUAGAAAUGCAAUCCUUGGAAUGCAAAGGAAUAGACGCAGGUGCAAACACAUUGGUACAGCUUAGCUUAUAACAGAGUUGUAUUAGUAUGUUCUGUUCUGUUCUGAAAUGCAAUCCUUGGAAAGCAACGGAAUAGACACAGAUGCAAAUACAUUGCUAUGGCUUAGCUUAUAACAGAGUUGUAUUAGUAUGUUCUGUUCUGUUCUGAAAUCCAAUCCUUGGAAUGUAACGGAAUAGACGCAGAUGCAAAUACAUUGGUACAGCUUAGCUUAUAACAGAGUUGUAUUAGUACGUUCUGUUCUGUUCUGAAAUCCAAUCCUUGGAAUGUAACGGAAUAGACGCAGAUGCAAAUACAUUGGGAUGGCUUAGCUUAUAACAGAGUUGUAUUAGUAUGUUCUGUUCUGUUCUGAAAUGCAAUCCUUGGAAAGCAAUGAAAUAGACGCAGAUGCAAAUACAUUGGGAUGGCCUAUCUCAUAACAGAGUUGUAUUGGUAUGUUCUGUAUGAUAUGGAAACAAGAGACAAGUUCUAGAAACCUAGUUAUGUAUAUACUCUUAAUAUAACAGUUAAUUUGUAUAUAUUGAAUACUGCCAAAUAGAUGUUGUAUGUAUAUUUAUAAGUGUGGUGUACUUAGUUAUAAUAUUUAUUAAGUGCCGAAACAGAUAAACAGAGGACUACAGGCACCUAAGUAUGAAAUUCUACUCAAGCUCCUACUAAGGAGUGUAAUAAAUUGAUUAUGGACCAUAGUUUGAUAAUAGGGACGCAGUAUUGUGGUUAUUUUCAAAUUUUCUAGUUGUGGGAAUCGAACCCACGACUUUGGAUGCAGAGGUCAGGGUCUCUACCCACUGAGCCACUCAGGCAUCAAAUAAUAGUUGCCGUAAUGAUUCAUAAAAUUUAAUUUAACUGUUUUCGUAACUUUUCUUUCCCUCAAUAAAAAAAAUACAAAAUAAUUAAAAGUGGUAUCUAUCAGUGGCGGGGGAUGGAAUUUAGAUAUAGGCAAGCCAAAUAAAAGGAAAUUCAUAUAGCGUGAUACAAACUCCGGUUUCUCAUAUACCUAGAUACAGUACAACAAUGAAUAUGCAUGGAUUUUUAAAGGUAACCCGACGGGAAUCGGCUUGCGUGAACUCUUCGUCGCUGGUAUCUACGAGUAUCGCAAUAUUUUAAAUCUAGUUUGGUUAUUGUACGCAGUACGCGUUUUUUUAUAUCGUUUUAUUUAUUGAAGCCCGAUUAGUAACAAAUUUUUGGUAAGUUUUUCAACGUGGCGUGAACUAAACUACAUUGCAUUAACUAUUAUAUACAUUGUCUAGCGCCGCUACUGCCUUUCUGCCUUUAUGUAUUAAAGCAAUGACUUCAGUUUUUUUAAUUAGAUUAUUUCUAUUAGAUCAUCAUAGAACAUCAAAAUAGCUAGUGAUACUCUUAAUGUAUUUAGUUCUAAAUGUCCUAUUUAUUUUGUUAAUUAAUAAGCAUUUAAAAAGUGUUAAAAGAAGGUCGUUGAAUCAUUCAAGUUACGAAACUUAUCUCCUAUUACUGUCUCUUCAUUUCGAUGUCUAUACAAAUAAAUUCAUGAAAAGUACAAUAUUAAAUAAAAUAUAGUUAUACAAAAAAUGUUAUUUACCUUCUUCAUCAUAAUCAUUAUUACUAUGGAGGUGUGAAAGACAUUUAUUUUGUCACUAGAAUAAUAUGUCUGUCUGUUUAUAAAAGUCAAUUAUUUGCAAUGUCUACAAUAUAUUGAAAAUAAUUGUACUGUGAAUAAUUUCGAUUUCGUUCCUACAUAGCAAAUAAAUAGAUUUCCGAAAUAAAAGUUACGUUAUAAUAUAAGUUUUUUUUAUUUUGGUUCUAUUAAGUUUGUUUUACUUGUACCUUGUUACCAUGUGGUUGUUAUGGGCGUUAAGGCUAAGUCACACAAGGAGAGUGAACUUGCCUCGUGUAGCUUAGCCUUUGGUAUGUUAGUACUUUACUUGUAUUAAACAAACUUGAAAGUCAGUAUUGAUUGUUGUUGAGUGAAUAAAAUGAUAUUAAUAUA